AUGCCAUUGUUCAUGCAUUCACAUAUUGAGGACAUUAUUAAUGUUAAGCCUGACGGUCAUUAUGGAUUCCACGUUGCAGCAGAGUAUCUUAAUAAGGGCGAAGAUAGUCAAGUAUUAGUUCGCCAUAAACUUAUUAGAGAGUUAACCAUGUUUAGGAAAGAGUACUUGGCUAUUUACGUUACUGAGAAACGUCUGCAAUAUAUUCUUGAUGGUUUGUACCCUCCAAAGGUUAUCCCUAGUAGUGGCGUUGCACCAAAGGAGAAUUGGUUCACAUUUCCAGAUAUGGGUUAUAUCCUUGCAACGACCUACAACCGCAUUGUAGUUUUAUUAACUAAACACGAGAUUGGUUAUUGUGAAACCUAUUUUCCACUGCGCGAUCGUCCACCGUUGGAUCCAUCUGCACGCAUUAUGUGUGUUGGUAUGGUUCCAAACCAUUUUGUGUAUGUUAAAUUGAAGGUUGGGUGUCCACUGCCUCCAACUUGUAAGGAAUGGAAAAAUCAUAGGGCGCCAGAGGCUGAGACUUGGGAGGAUACAUUUAUGGACCGGAUGGUUGAGUUUGAUGAACUCAUGAAGAAUGAAAAAGAAAACUUGAUUUUGGACUGUACAAUCCAAACCCGUAAUUUUAGUGACCAUUUCGGUUCGCAGGAUCCAAACCUGUGA